AUGGAGAGCAGCAGAGACGCCUUGAAGGACAUCAGCUUUGACGGCCGUCCUUCAGGUUACAGAGACUUUCGUCGAAAAACCCUGUUGGCCAUCGCUGGAUCAGAGGAUAAGCAUGCACACCUUGCUGGACCUAGGUUACUAACUAGGCUCUCUGGAGAAGCAUGGCGUGCUACAGAGCACCUCAGUAUAUCCGAGCUCAGGUCACCACAAGGCUUCUUGACUGUGAUCAAGGCUCUUGACGAGCACUACAAGUUCUUGCCUGAGACUGAGCUUCAUGAAAGCAUAGAUGAGUUUUUGUUUGCCCUGAAGCGCCGCAACGGCGAAGGGGCAACUGCCUUUGCCAGCCGUUUCAGAACUCAGUUGUCUCGUGUGGAGACAUUAAUCUGCCAGGAACGUGAGUUGACUCGCACCAAGCGCCGAAGGAUCACUGAGUCCCAUCAGCCUCCAGUAGAUGAGACACUAGAGAGUGAGAUGGAAGAGACGGAUCGUAGUGAUACAGAAUCUCAUGCCCGUGCUGCCCCAGGUUCUGUACAUAGUGCACCUGCAGCCGCAGGAUCUGCCCCGGCGCCUGCCGGUGAAGCCCCGCCGACCGGCGGUGUACCGAGUGCCCCAGCAGCUGAAGCUGAACGUGCCGAGACAGUGAGUGCCCGGUCCCAAGCUUCCAAGGUUAGCACUGGUAGACGUUGUAAGCAUGAAAGCACUGGAACCUAUGAGCAAGAUUGGGCCAAAGCCCAGCUGCGCAUGAAACAAAUGCUUGGUACUUUGGAGAUGGGUCACCUGAAGCCAAAGCCCAUCUUCCCGCAGUCUGUCCUGGGUCAUUUGUUUAUGAGAAAGUACGGCCUGAGCCGUGAGCAGCGUGCCCAAGUUGUGAGAUCUACAAAUGGUUCGUCGAGGUUUGUCGACAUUGAAAGAAUUCUUCGUGCAUCUGACUUCGAAGAUAGAUCCAAACCUGAUGAUAGAAAGCCUGCCAAGCCACCGAGACGUGAUACCUAUGCCGUGCAAGACCAGGUGCUAGCUGCAGAAGUUUCUGAUUCAUCAAGUGUCGGUCUCAUGGACUCUGAUGACAGUGAUGGAUCUAAUCAGGCCUUGGCCGUUGAACCUGACCAAACCUCCGAUGAGGAUGUUCAACACGAGAUUGAAGAGGUCUAUGAACUUCAGCGGAAGGCCAAGGACAAGUUCAAGAAGUUAUAUCGCAACUACAAAGAUGCCAAAAAGCGUGUCAGAGAACUGAAACGUGGUCGCCAGCCAUACUACCCAGUUGUGGCAUUGAGCCAACCUGCCGAUGCAAGCAAUGCCACUGCCUCAGGUUCUCAGCAAGCUCAGGUGCCUUUGCAGAAGAACACUUUCAAGUACGAUAAGAAACCCCAAAGUAAGAAUGUGAGUAAGGGUAAGAAAGAGGGAUCUAGGCCUUAUAGGAGAGAAGAUGCCCAUGUUGCAGAAGCCACCAUGCUGACUUCGUUCAACUACAUGAUUGAAGAGGUAGCCACAUGCUCUUCGACAUCAGAGGCUGAGGUUCCCAUGUCGCCUGAAGAAGUGUUGUUGGCCAGUGUCCCAGAAGGCCAUGCAAUCCUUGACACUGGUUGCACCACAUCAGUUGUGGGCAGUGAAACUGCUCAUUGCCUUGCUCGCCAAGACUUGCCACCGCCUGAUGAAUGCGAGCUGCCUCCAGUAGAACUGAAGGGAUUCAAAGGUGAGAAGGUUCAAACCACAAAGGGCCUUCGUUGGAAUGUGAAGUUGGGUGACCGCUGGGGUACAGUCACCACAUAUGUCAUCCAUGGACAAACUCCAUUCCUCAUCUCCCGCCGUGUGUUGGAGGGUAUGCAAGCUUGUUUAGAUUUAGGCCAAAAGACCAUCACCAGCGUUCCACACAACAUGCAUGGAGUGCCUCUCAAGCAAGCCUCAAAUGGUCACUUCGUGUUGCCGCUGUUUGAUGAGUCCAAACGACGUGAUGCAGUCCCAACUCAGCCGAAAAUGAAUGAGCCCAAUGAUGAUGAUGCAGACUCCAACGAGUCAGUGCUGGAAGUGUCGCCGCCGAUGCCUCCUCCUGAACAUCAGCCCAAGGACCAUGGUUCGACCAAAGUUCAGUUCCUAGAGAGUGCAGCAGCAGCCAAGAGUCGUGUGGAUCCAGUGAGCAUAGCCCUGUUUGUGCAUCGCCCAGUGAACCAUCAUGACAUGGACCCCAAGCAUGAAACCAAGGAUAUCCCUGAAAGCGGAAUUAAUGCCCACUUAUGA